GGUGGAGGCAGGGAAACGAAUCCUGAAGGGCAUUACCUUAUCUCAACAUUUUUUGGAGUUGUGUGUGUCUCUCACCCUUUAAAUUUCCAUCUUCACCACUUGAAAAAUUCCUCACAUUUUUGUUCCCCAAAUCAUCACUUCCUCCGAUCUUUGUCAUCACUCCAUCCCACCAUUCUCCCAUUGAAUCCCACCAGCAUUUGGCUAAGCCACACUUGAACCUCCGCCUUUGCCGGUUGAUGGAGAACAACAAUCAAGCCCAAUCCUCCCCUUACCCUCCUCCUCCUCCUCCUCCUCCUCAGGCACCCGUCCCGGCCCCUCACUUCCACCACCUCCUCCAGCAGCAGCAGCAGCAGCUUCAGAUGUUCUGGUCCUUUCAGCGCCAAGAAAUCGAACAGGUUAACGAUUUUAAAAACCACCAGCUUCCUUUGGCUCGCAUUAAGAAGAUCAUGAAAGCCGACGAGGACGUGCGUAUGAUCUCCGCCGAAGCGCCCAUUUUGUUCGCCAAGGCCUGCGAGCUCUUCAUUCUGGAACUCACUAUUAGGUCAUGGCUUCACGCGGAGGAGAAUAAGAGGCGGACAUUGCAGAAGAACGAUAUUGCGGCGGCCAUCACGAGGACCGAUAUCUUUGAUUUCUUAGUUGAUAUUGUGCCUAGGGAUGAAAUCAAGGACGAAGCUGGAUUGGGAGGCAUGGUCGGAGCCACUGCUAGUGGAGUGCCCUACUAUUACCCCCCUAUGGGUCAACCGGCAGGGGCUCCCGGGGGGAUGAUGAUUGGGAGACCGGCAAUGGAUCCCAUCGGAGUUUACGCUCAGCCGCCGUCACAGGCCUGGCAGUCGGCGUGGCAGCCCUCGGCGGAGGACGGUUCUUACGCCAGUGGAGGCAACAGCGGGCAGGGCAAUCUUGAUGGUCAGAGCUUUUCCUUCCGUCUUCAAGAACAGGUUCUGAUUCUGGUGUUUGUUUCCCUGCAGCUAAGGUAAGGUAAGGUAAGCAAUUCUUGUGUGUAGAUGAUGAUGAUGAUCCUGCUGUGUGGUGCAAUGAAGGGGGAAAAAACUGAUGAUGCUUUUCCAUGGCGUAAAAGGAAGUGUAUUUUUCUUUUAUGUUUCCUUAUUUUUUUCAAAUGAGGUUAACUUAGAAAGUUGUAUAAACUUGAACUACAUGUGGUGGAAUUGACAUUACUUACUGUUCUUAACUUGCUGCUGUUUCAACAAUUUAUUUCUACUUUGCAUGCCAUUCAUUCA